ACUUUAGUAACUUGUGGAUCAGCGCUGACUCAAGAGGCGAACAGUUUAGAACGAAUCAGUCCGAUUUGGUGAACUGGUUCAUCCAGUUCCCUAAAAAGAACCGGUUCAAAAGAACGAUUCGUUCACGAACCGGCCAUCACUAGUACUUGAAGAUAUGAACACGUUCAGCAUGGCGGAUUUGGUCGUAGACAAGAGUGAUUCAACAGACGAGCUACAGAGCCUCGUUCCAGAUGAUGAGGGUAAAGAAAAAUUUAAGAGAGCCGAACACACCAUGUUUUACAAGAGACAGAAAGACAAAGCAGGGUUUCAGUACAGAGCCUUACUGGACACUUUAAUCCUGCUGGAGAGAGGAGCAGCUGUCGAGCUGUGUCAUUACAACUCUCAGGAACACUUGCUUCUCCUAAUCCAUGAAAUUCCUAAUGGAAUUCUGAGAUUUACGAUUGAUGAACUGCAGCCUGUCAGAGCACGAUAUAAAGCUAAAGAUGUUUUGAUGGGAGAACCAAAAUAUGAGCAGUUGAGGAUUGAGUGGAGAAAAGCCGACUGUGUUUCUCUGACAUGGGGUUCGGGGCAGUACCAUGUCCAGGUCUUUGCUUUUCCGUUCAAACUCGAGAUUCUCUAUGGGGACGAGGCAUUGCUCACAUUUAAUCCCGAAGGCAGAUUCUGCUUUGAGACUCAGUCUAAUUCAGCCAGCCUUUUACAGGCCAUCAACUAGUUCACAUCAGGGCAAAGAAAAUACUUCAGGGAUGUGGAAAAAGACAUUCAAUCAGUUUCAAGACGUCAAAGGAAAUGGGCCCAGGUCAGUGGGAAUUGACCUUAAGCUCCAUGGUUUCUGCCAUGCUUUUGGUAUCCCUGAGCAUGCAGAUUCUCUCCAAUUGAAGGACACCAGUGGCAGUAAGCCAUAUCGACUGUACAACCUGGAUGUAUUUGGCUACAAGAUAAACAGCAGAUUGGGUCUAUAUGGUUCUGUUCCUCUUCUGUUAGCUCACAAGCUAGACAGGACACUGGGAGUCUUCUGGCUUAAUACCUCUGAAACUCUUGUAGAUCUGCAGUAUGGCUCAAACUAUAAGAAGCAGGAAGAGGAUGACCCACCAGCAAAUAAGAGCAGGGGAAAUCCCCAAAUUGAUGUGAGCUGGGUGUCAGAGAGUGGAAUAAUUGAUUGUUUCAUACUACUUGGACCUUCACCCUCCCAAGUGUUUUUUCAGUACGCACAGCUCACAGGAUACCAAGCCUUGCCACCUUUGUUUUCUCUGGGAUAUCACCAGUGUCGCUGGAGCUACAAGGAUGAAGAGGACGUGAAAGCAGUGGAUGCUGGCUUCGAUCUCCAUACCAUCCCUUAUGAUGUAAUCUGGCUGGACAUAGACCACACUGAAGGCAAACGUUACUUCACCUGGGAUUCCAAACUGUUUCCUAACCCAGUGGACAUGCAGCUUCAUCUACAGAGAAAGAACAGGAAGUUGGUGGUUAUCAAUGAUCCCCAUAUCAAGGUUGACCCAGAUUGGCCUUUUUUCUGUGCAUCCAGAGAUGGAGGCCAUUUUGUAAAGGACAGAGGAGGUGGUCUUUAUCAUGGAUCAUGUUGGCCAGGUGAUUCCUGCUACUUGGAUUUCAGUAGCUCAAGGACAAGGUCGUGGUAUGCCAGGCAGUUUUCACUCGACAAUUAUAAAGGAUCUACAGACUCCUUGUUCGUGUGGAAUGACAUGAACGAGCCCUCUGUCUUUUAUGGACCCGAGCAGACAAUGCCUAAAGACGUGCUUCAUUGUUCAGGCUGGGAACAUCGGGAAUUACACAACCUGUACGGUUUCUACCAGCACAUGGCUACUUUUGAGGGUUUGAUAACUCGCUCUUGUGGCUUGGAGAGACCAUUUGUUCUGUCACGCUCCUUCUUUGCAGGGUCUCAGAGAAUGGGUGCUGUAUGGACAGGAGACAAUGUUGCUACCUGGGAGUAUCUGAAGAUCUCAAUCCCUAUGUUGCUGUCACUGAGUUUAACUGGAAUGCAUUUUUGUGGGGCUGAUGUAGGCGGCUUUGCGCAAGAUCCUGACGCUGAGUUGCUGUUGCGAUGGUACCAGGCGGGUGCGCUGCAGCCUUUCUAUAGAGGCCACUCAGCUAAACAGACCAAGCGUCGUGAGCCCUGGCUGUUUGGGGACACGGUCACUUCAGCAGUGCGAGCAGCAAUCCAACAGAGAUAUUGCCUCUUGCCUUAUUGGUACACUCUCUUUCACCUAGCCCACACUUCAGCGUUGCCCCCAAUGAGACCACUGUGGGUGGAAUUCCCAAAGGAGACAGAAACCUUCACUGUAGAAAACCAGUACAUGAUUGGCAAUGCUCUCCUGGCUUGUCCUGUGACUGACCCAGGAGUCACAAAGGUCAAGAUUUUACUGCCAGGGUCAGAUGAGCUGUGGUAUGAUGUUAGCAACGGUGAUGUGCACAGAGGAGGCAAGAUUCUUUCACUUCCUGUGACUCUGGAGACGGUACCUGUGUUCCAGCGUGGAGGAACAGUUGUGACGAGGAGAACAGGCUGUGGUUCCUGCACUGCUGAUCUCCUGCAACAUCCCUUCACUCUCACUGUAGCCCUGGACCUGGAGGGCAAUGCUGAAGGUCUGCUGUAUGAGGAUGAUGGACACUCCUUCAACUACAGGGACAAAAAGCAGUUUUGUUUGCGUAAAUUCUCUAUGCAUUCUGGCAGACUCCAUAGCAGCUGUGCAGAUGAAGAAGGUUUCUUUAUCACCGGGGGUAAGUUGGAGUCAGUGGUGAUUCUGGGUCAGAAAAAUGUGAAAAGGAAACCUACUCUUCAAUCAAUUGCAGGGAAUACCACAGUCACGUUUCAGUUCCAACCAAAGCAAGCUCUGUUGACGCUGACUGGUUUGGACCUGGAUAUACACACAGAUUGGGAAAUCAGUAUAUAACAGCAUAUUUGUAGGUAGUUUUUUAAUAAACAGCAGGAAAACAGUUCAGGGUCUGCUAUAGUUUUUAUAGUAUUAACAGUCAUUUUAUUUUUUUAUAGUUUUUGCAAAAUAGACACAUAAUUGAGAUCAAAAUAUCUGGAUGGAACUCAAAAGGGAAAUUGAAAAUUGAAGCAUUGUAAUCUAUCAUUCCUGUUUUUAUGUUAAUGAUUGGCUAUAAAGCCCGGCACUGUAGCCAUGAUGAUUUCUAUAAAAAGCUAACAUGGA